AUGUCUCGACUUCUUGAUGUCAAGUGGAAUGAUCAAGCCUUUACAGACCUUGUCUUGGAAGAGCCAACAAAGAUGCUUGUUCGUUCUAUGGUCAGGCAACAUUCCUCGCAGACAGAUGAUUUUGUCUCUGGAAAGGGGAAGGGCAUUGUGUGUCUCUUCAGCGGACCCCCAGGAAGCGGUAAAACAUUGACCGCCGAGGCGGUGGCGGAGAUCACCCGGAGACCUCUGUACAGUGUCUCUGCUGGAGAUUUAGGAGUAAAGCCUAAGGACGUGGACGAAAAGCUCAGAGAGAUUCUAGAGCUAUCACACAAGUGGAACGCAGUGCUGCUUCUUGAUGAAGCGGAUGUCUUCCUGCAGGAAAGAGACUCAACGGACAUCCAGAGGAACGCCCUUGUCAGCAUUUUUCUGAGGCAACUCGAGUAUUAUCAGGGGAUUCUCAUCCUCACGACCAAUCGCAUCGCGCAGUGCGAUGCUGCUUUCGCGAGCAGGGUGCAUAUUUCAAAAGAGUAUCCUGAGCUUGACGAGUCUUCCAGGGGGAAGAUUUGGGCGACGUUCUUGAGGCGGAUGAAGAAUGCCUCCCAGGGCGCUGAAGUUCAUAUUACUGAGGAAGACAUUACUAGGUUAGCAAAGAUGGAGAUAAAUGGUAGGAAAAUUAAAAACAUCUUCAGUAGCGCCAGAAUUAUCGCGAAGGAGAUGCAAGAGCCGUUGGCCAUCUCCCACAUAGACCUAGUUCUGAACGCUACGAAUCCAGUGUUCGAGACACAACCACCAAAGCCCUUGGAUGUAGCUCACCAGAAUGGCGUCGACAAUGGUAUUUAG